UGGUUGGUAUCAUUCUUGAUUCACCCGCGAAAGAGAACAGACAUAUCCGAGAUACGCUCUUCAUAUUCACACGAAAUUGCCUUCACCUCGCUGUAGGCCUACUACUUUUUUCUCGAGACAUCUUUCCUCCAGACGGAGUGACCCAGUGGCUUCCAAUUUCAGGCGAGUCGACCAUGACUGAGAUGGACCAACAUCUCCUGAAAAUGGUCAACCCUGAAGUCCCGGAGCUGGAAGACAUGCAUCCAAGGCCACAGCAGUGCAAGACAGGACCCCAGCUCACCUCAUGCAUGGGCGACACACUGAUGAACACCCAAGGCAAGGACAGCUGUGGGCCUCCUCCUAUCCAGGAGCUGGACAGGGAGUCCAGUGAGUGUGAUGAUCGGUCACUCUCCUCCUUCAGUGACAGUGACAGUGAUCUGACCUAUUUUAGCUCAGUGAGCUCAAUGACCUCCAUGCUGAGCUACAGUCAGAGCUCUCUGACCUCCAUGCUGAGCUCCAGUGAUCUGACCUCUCUGACAACAGUGACCUCCAUGAGUUCCAGUGAUCUGACCUCUCUGAUCUCAGUGACCUCAGUGACACUGAGCUCCAGUGACUACAGCAUGCGGCCUGACAGCUGUGUGUCUGCAGACACGGGCAGCAUUGGCACUGCAAAGGAGGGCAUGGAGGCUUCCACUGCCCACAGCUUUGACCUUCGCCUCCAGCAUCAGGACUCCAGUGUGGAGAUGGACUCCACAGUCCCACCCCUCCAGCAGACCUCGAUGGCAGCUGCUUUGGGCUCUCCUGCCCACUCUGAGGCAGGCCCGUGCCUAAAAGUUCUACAAGCCCUGGAGCAGCCUGGGGGCAGCCUGCAUGAGCAGCUCCACCGAUACCUGGAGCUCCUGGGCAUGACCUCCAGCCUCCAGGCACAGCAGGCCACCCUGCACCAGGAGAAGCCACCCUCAGCACAGCAGCAGGGCUGGCUGCAGCGUCUGCGUGACUGGCUAAAGCGCUCCAAGAAAUGGUUGAAGAGCCUGGGGAAAUGCUCCUGGAGGAGGAGGAGGAACAGAGGCGAGCAGGAGACUUGCUCAGUCACCCAGCAGAAGGCCUGCGGCUCAGAAGGCAGCAUGGGAGAUGGCACACGAGCCUGUUACCACUGGAGGCUACAGCAGCUCCACCAGGUGCUGCAGAACAUGGACUCCGAGGUCCAGGAGAGAAGGGCCUGGGUGCUGCGAGAGAUGGAGGCCAUCACCAGAGUGGCACCAGUCAACUGAACAUGUGGGGCCAGUUCCUGAAUCUGGACCUGCCUUUGCCUUCUGGAAGUAAAAAAGGGAGGCAAGGGCCUAUUUUUAUACCACUAACUAAUAAAAUUGCCAAUUUAUUCUCCCA